UUUACGAUCUCAACCUACUAAGUAUAUCAAACUGUUUUAGCGUUUCUCAAAGCAUUCUUUCAUGCCGGUUGUUGGUCGUAAGACAGCGACACCGUUUUUAAUUGUUACUUGAAUGAAAUAUUUUUUUUAUUAAUAAAUGAUGUCUAGUUCGAUCUCUCGGUCUACGUCAGUGAAUAUUUCGUCUACGACGGCGGUUAGCCUUACGACGCCUUCGCUGGCGACGUCACCGGCGACGCACGUUUUGCAAAGUGUAAUAUCUUCCGCGGACGCUAAAGAAUUGGACAAAAGUGAGAUAAACGAUGCCGUUACCAAAGUUCUACAAGGCUACGAUUGGACUUUGGUACCUAUCGCUUCAAAAGCAGCAUCCGAUAAACGUAAACUUCAUGUUAAAAGACCAAUGAACGCUUUCAUGGUAUGGGCCCAAGCAGCCAGAAGAAAAUUAGCCGACCAAUAUCCACAGUUACAUAACGCAGAAUUAUCCAAGACUUUAGGAAAAUUGUGGAGGGUAUUAAGCGACAACGACAAGAAACCGUUCGUCGAAGAAGCAGAAAGACUUCGCGUAAUACACAAACGGGAACACCCCGAUUACAAGUACCAACCACGCCGAAGAAAACAAAAUAAAGGCCCGACGGAAUCGAUUCACCAACUGUCUCACACUCAAACAACAACAUAUACACGUACUAUGAAACAAGAAGACUCGCCGUGCAGUCCAAGAAGCCACAGUUCAACAUCUCCCUCGACGUGUUCCUCGCAACCAAACAGCCCUUUGAUUUCAACACAAUUACUCAAAUCUUGCGAACAACACAACUUCGAUCUCGACACUUAUCAAAGGAUACAGGAAAUAGACAGCAGCUACAUGACCGAUGAAUGCUUGGAUAGCAGCGACUUUGAUCAAUAUCUCCCCAACGAAACUUACCAACAAUUCCAUAAAGACGACACAAAUAACAAUUACAAAAACAAGAGGUUAUGUACAGAUUCGUCGAUGGCUUCUAGCGACAAUUCUUUCAACAGGUACCACGAAUUGCAACCGAGUUCGGUAGUAAAAACUGAAAGGUACUUGCAAUCUAAUCCAAAUGGUGUAUAUACAUAUCCGCCCGCGUCGUCCAGCUAUUACUCAAACAAUACCCAGUAUUUACCUUCGUAUCAAUAUUUACCUCAGAGGCCCAUGUUCGGCGGCUCGUCGGCGGUUGGGAAUUAUUCUAGUAUCGAUGGAAACAACGAAACUUGGGGACAUUAUAGUGUGUAAUACGUUUGUUAAUUUAAAGUGAUAUAAAUAGUUAAAUAUAGAAUCUCUCGUUUUAAAUUGCGCAGUGACAAAAAAAACUUCUCGGAGAUGUUUCAUCACAAUCUGGCGAUUGUGAUAUCGAGGGGACUGUUUUUGUAUGGGUACUAAUUUCUGACUAGAGUUUUUUGGUAUCUAGGACCAAAAUUUCUAGUUAAAAUAACUUUAAAUGUAAUCAGUGAUCCGAAAUAUCAUUCUAUUGUCACACACUGUACAUGUUAAUAAUAAAGAUAUUGAUGCUGCAAAUGCUAAGGGUUGUGUCAGCUUAUUCAAGGGGCUAUUUUAGGAGUAUUUUGGUUCAAUAUAUUCGCUUCAUUCCACUUCAUCAAAUAGAAUCAGAUACUUGAAAGAAUUGAGCAAUUGAGCAAGGUUAUCUAAAUGUCUUUUUACAUAGAGGUUAUAUUUUUAUAUAAAAAACGACCGAAUUCAAUCAUUUUUCUUCAAAGAAAAGCUGCAACUUUCGAUCAAAGAACUCAGUUAAUUUAGCAAAUUUCUGGUCUGGUUCUAUAUCAUUUUUAGUUCGCUCGACGUGUUGAUUUUGUUAGCCAAUGAGGUUUGCAUUGUUUAGAGGACGCAAUUUUAUUUUUGGGACAAGUGUGGGGGGUCCGCGCAGACGCUACGCUCUCGCACUACACACUCCGUCAUUGUUGUCAUUCAGGCGUCAGUCGGCGUUGUGCUACAACCCCGUGAACAUGUCCGUCAAUUAUUGAUGCUGAAGAGAGAAUGAGUCGUGUGUCUUGACUUGAUAGAAUGGUUAAAGAAAACCGUCGAUUCACCAUUACUGCGUGUACCAAUCUUUUGGUAAUAAAAUUAUUGUUUCAUUUGAACUUGUCUUUUACUUAUAGCGUAUCGAAGGUUGAAAUAAAAACGGCCCUCGUAUCAUAUAUCAAAAAUAAUAUAGCGAAACUGUAUAUUAUAUCAAUUAUGUCAUGACAUUUGUUAUAGGUUAUUGCUGAUCCCUGAUAGGUUAGUAUUCUAAUAAUUUUGCUAUCGGGAAGUGAUAUUUUGAAAAAUUAAAAAUAAAUCCACUUCUUAUUUGAUAUCAUUUAUACGACUUAAGCUAUCUAUACAUUACUUAUAAUUUUUGUUAAGCGUUCGUUUCGAAAAUUUACUAUUUUGCGUUUCAUUUCACGUGCUUUAUUUUUUGUAAGGUUAUAUUUUUAGAAAAUAUUUUUUAUAAAUUCAGUUGAAUAAAUUUUAUUGAAGCUA